AUGAAGGUAGAAGUCCCAUAUUCUCAAGGGGGUGAGGCAUCGCCCGCCAGCCCAGAGACCAACUCCAAGGCUACCCCAGAGGCGAACCCAGUGACUACCCCGAAGAGCAGCCCAGACAUCAGUCCCAGCACCAGCCCAAGCACUAUCACAAGCUCGACACCACCCGGCACAUACCCUCAUAGCACGGAGACUGAGCCGGCGACCUCACCAAAGCUACCUCCAGACUCCAAGCCAACCGGGGACACCUCCACCUCCUCAGACUCAGACUCGGAUUCUGAUUCUGAUUCCGAUUAUGAACACGGAUUACUACCAUUCGAAGUCCAGUUCGCACGAUACAUGAACCUUGGCUACCCAGACGAGGAUUACUACUUGACUCGCUAUUCCGUUCGACUUCCUUCUGGAUACUGGCUCGCAAAUGAGAUCCCUCUGGACCAAGUUGUCAGAAACAUUCCCAUCAUUGGCUUCGUGAACGAAUACAACCAGCCGAUCCCCUCUCUCGAUGGCCCCGACAUCCACUUGACCCUGGCCAGCAUCGACACAAUCACCCGCAUCGGAGAGGAAAAUGACCAAGCCGGAAUGUUGGAUCUGGGCCAAGUGUUCUAUCUAAAUGGUCCCCGCAAAGGUCAACUCAACGACGCAUAUGCCUGGAUCGCUCUGAGAGGCAACGAAGGGGACAAAUUUGUCAUGUCACGACGCGCACGCAAUCGCCUCGUCCCCAACUGGAAGGAUCUGAUCAAGGACUGGAAGGGCUUUGAUGAAUGCAUCCCGGACCCUUGUCAUGGACUUCGAAUGCUUGCCGUGAGAGGCGGUUGCCAGGCGAUCCAUUGUGUUUGGGUUAUCUGUGCCCAGAGAGGCAUAGAUUUGACCGAGGCCGAUCUCAAAGACUUCCUGGCCGGCAAGAUCGAUGACAGCCACCCUGCCGCCAAGCUCCUCGCCGCGGGCCAUCAAAUACUGGUCACUUCUCGCUCAUUUGAAGACGCGAUCGAGAAGAUGCAAGCGAUUGUGGACGACAUGGAAGUCUAA